ACUUCCCCCACCGACACCGCAAGCAUGGGACGAAUACAUAGGAAGGGCAAGGCUGGCGCCGCGAAGGCAUACAUCACCCGCUCAUCUGCCGUCAAAAAGCUGCAAGUGUCUCUGGCGGAUUUCAGGAGACUCUGUAUCUUGAAGGGCAUCUUCCCUCGCGAGCCUCGCAACAAGAAGAAGGCCAACAAGGGCUCCUCUGUCCCCACCUCCUUCUACUACACCAAAGACAUUGCUUUCCUCGCCCAUGAGCCUGUACUGAAGCGGCUACGAGAGCACAAGGCGUUUGCGAAGAAGCUCUCUCGCGCGCUCGGUCGGGGGGAGUGGGGCGAUGCGAAGCAUCUUGAGGAGAACAAGCCUGUUUACCGGAUAGACCACAUCAUCAAGGAGAGGUAUCCGACCUUCAUUGAUGCCCUCCGUGAUAUCGACGACGCCCUCUGCAUGAUCUUCCUCUUUGCAUCCCUCCCCUCCGGCGAUCGUAUCCCCCCUUCCCUGACAGAAAACUGCUCAAGACUCGCCGCGGAAUGGCAGCUCUACGUGAUGCACUCGAAAAGCUUGCGGAAGGCUUUCCUGUCGAUCAAGGGCGUCUACUACCAGGCUGAGGUUAUGGAUCAGACAAUAACAUGGCUGGUGCCGUAUCAAUUCACACAGAACGUCCCCUCUGACGUCGACGUGCGAGUGAUGCUCACCUUCUUGGAGCUCUAUCAGACUAUGCUCGGCUUCGUCUUCUUCAAGCUCUACACUGAUGCCGGCCUUGUCUACCCGCCGCCUCUUGACAUCAAGAAGGACGAGGGUGCUGCCGGCGUUGGCGCAUACAGUUUGCAAGAGGCAACAAAGCCCGUCGUCCCCAGCAAACCCAAGGCGAAGGAAGUCGAGGUCGACGGCCACAAGGUCACCACCAAAGACGUCAAGCAGGCAAUCAAGAGCCUCACCUCCGCCGAGGCCGCCGCAACCGACGGCGACGUCGAAAUGACCUCCGCCGAGCCCGCGCCCGCAGAGGAGGAGGAAGAAUUCGUCCCCCACCCCUCCACAAAAGACACCGAGACCGCCGCGUCCCUCCCCACGCUCCAAUCCAUAUCCGCCCUCCCGCCCUCCCUCUCCACCACCCUCUUCGCUCCCUACACCUUUUACCUCUCCCGCGAGAUCUCCCGCCCCAUCUUCGAGUUCCUCAUCCGCUCCUUUGGCGGGCGCGUCGGGUGGCCCGAGUCCUCAGGGGGCGGGUCGCCCAUCAGCGAGUCCGACGAGGCGAUCACGCACGUCAUUAUCGACCGGCCGCCCCCGCGGAAGGCGAACGAGACGCCGGAGGAGCGCGAGAGGCGCGCGCGGCGGAAGUACGUGCAGCCGCAGUGGGUCGUGGACUGUAUCAAUGCCGGCAAGAUCCUGCUCGAGGACUCGUAUGCGCAGGGUGCGGUGCUCCCGCCGCAUCUGAGCCCCUUCGGCGAGUACUACGAGGGAGCGUACGACCCGGCGAAGCCGCUCGAUGCACAGCAGGGCGCGGUGCAGGAGAGCGAGGACGAGGACGAAGACAUGGAGGCUGACGAUGCGGAGAAGGGCGAGGAGGAAGACGAGGAGUCCGCCGAGGAAGAGGCGCCGGAAGCCAUCGCCCUCAAGGCCGCCGUCUCUGCCGGCGCCGAUCCCGAAGCCCUGCGCGCCGCCGAGCUCGCGGCAGAGGCGGCUGGCAUCGACUACGGCGCGUUCGAGAAACAGGUCGCAAAGUCGCAGAAGAAGGCGAAGGCGCCGGCGAAGACGAACACGACGGAUGACGCCGAGCAGGACAUGAACAAGAUGAUGAUGAGCAACAAGCAGCGCAAGUUGUACGAGAAGGUCAAGCACAGCCAGAAGAAGCGGGAGGCCGAGAAAACAAAACUCGAGCAGCGAAAGCUCGAUCUGAUCAAGCAAAAGAAGCAGCAGACGAUGUCGAAGAAGGUUGCUUCAUAGGUUGUGCUCAUCGUGUUGUUUGUACCCAUCCCACCUAUCCAUCGCUUUACCAUCGUUCAUCAUCUGUAGUACUUUUGUCGAUUCCAUGUAGACACUGCCUUUCUUCGAAGAGGUCAACUCGAUGCUACUGCAUAACUCGACGCCC